CCCACAAUCCCCCGCGCUCGCCCCUUCCUUCCUCCAUAUUGGGACCGGCUGAGGCGGCACCAUGGUGGCGCUACGUCCCCUCGUGAAGCCCAAGAUCGUGAAGAAGCGCACAAAGAAGUUCAAGCGCCACCAGUCGGACCGCUACAUCAAGAUCAAGCCGAACUGGCGCAAGCCGAGGGGUAUUGACAACCGCGUGAGGCGGCGCUUCAAGGGGCAGCUGCGCAUGCCCAACAUCGGUUACGGGAGCAACAAGAAGACCAAGUACAUGCUGCCCACUGGCUUCCGCAAGUUCCUCGUGCACAACGUGCGAGAGCUGGAGGUGCUCAUGAUGAGCAACAAGACGUUCUGUGCCGAGAUCGCGCACAACGUUUCGUCAAAGAAGCGCAAGACCAUCGUGGAGCGCGCUGCGCAGCUCGCCAUCAAGGUGACCAACGCCAACGCUCGCCUGCGCAGCGAGGAGAACGAGUGAGCGGCGAGCGCCCGCCGUCCCCCUCCUCCUGAUCCUGCUCUUCACCACCACCGCCGCCGCACGGCCACUUACCACACCACAGAGCCGUUUGCGCUGUACAGACUUGUUGUUUGCGCCACUUUGUAAACGGAAUAAAAAUGUGGAAAAAGAAA